CAUUGGCAAUUUCGCUUUUAUGAUUGCUCGUGGAUUGCACAUGGAUAUUGACAGAUUUUAUACAAUCGGUGGAUUUGUAGGCGAAGUUAAUUAAUAUAAAAAGUCUCUAGUAAAAAUCAGGUUUCUUUUGCGUUUAGCCAAAAUGGUGUUGUCGUGUCGAUUUUACAAGGAGAAAUAUCCUGAAGUCGAGGAUGUUGUGAUGGUGAACGUCCGAAGUAUAGCAGAAAUGGGAGCAUAUGUCCAUUUAUUGGAAUACAAUAAUAUAGAGGGCAUGAUUCUACUUUCUGAAUUGUCGAGAAGACGUAUCCGAUCCAUCAACAAAUUGAUUAGAGUAGGAAAAACUGAACCUGUGGUUGUCAUUCGAGUCGACAAAGAAAAAGGUUACAUCGAUUUGAGUAAAAGAAGAGUGUCUGCCGAGGAUGUAGAAAAAUGCACAGAGCGUUACGCGAAAGCAAAGGCUGUAAAUUCAAUUCUUAGACACGUCGCCGAAUUAUUACACUACGAAAAUGAUGAGCAACUCGAGGAGCUUUAUCAAAAGACGGCUUGGUAUUUCGAGGAGAAAUAUAAAAAGCAAAAGGCCUCUGCCUACGAUUUUUUCAAACAGUCCGUCAUCGAUCCAACGAUUUUAGCCGAGUGUGGAUUGGACGACAAAACGAAGGAGGUUUUGUUAAAUAACAUCAAGAGGAAAUUAACAUCACAAGCUGUAAAAAUCCGAGCGGACAUCGAGUGCGCUUGUUAUUCGUAUGAGGGAAUCGACGCAGUGAAAGCAGCUUUGAGAGCCGGUUUGGCGCUCUCGACGGAAGAGCUUCCAAUCAAAAUCAAUUUGAUUGCGCCUCCUCUUUAUGUGAUGACCACGAGUACGCCCGAGAAAACGGACGGACUAAAGGCCCUGAAUGAUGCGAUAGAAGUUAUUAAGGAAAAAAUAACCUCGCUAGGUGGAGUUUUUGCAAUUCAGAUGGCGCCGAAGGUGGUGACCGCAACCGACGAGGCGGAACUCCAACGGCAAAUGGAGAAGGCUGAGAUGGAGAAUGCCGAAGUUGCGGGCGACGACGACGAGGAGGAAGUGGAGGGUAUGGGCGAUUUCAGCGGAGGUGAAGACGAAAACGAGAAGGCCGCUUCUCAAGAAGAAGAAGAAGAAGAAGAGUGAAAAGUACACUUGGAGUUUUAAACGAAUCGACACGACAAUUACUGUGACGAUGAAGGUCACAUCCCUCGAACUUGUAUUACAAAACUUUUUGCAGAAAUUAUAUACUAAUUACAAAAAAAAA